AUGAGAUCCGCACUUUCUUUGAAGCCGAACAACGCAAGUUCAACAGCUCACAAUGUGACACUUCACAAAGCAUCGACAACAACGACUAAUGCACCAGUAUUGGGAGGAAAAUUGACUCGCCAAAUUGGUUCAAGCAAUUUGCGGCGGGAUAUGAUCACCGGCGAGAGUCCUCUGAUCAAAUUCGAAGUCAAAGAGAACUUUGAAGUUUUCGAAGACGUCGAGCAGAAUGAGAAUGUGGAGGUCGUGGAAGAGACGGAUAACAACAUCAUACAUGAGCUCGAACGAAAGAUGGAAGAAAAGAAAAAUGAGCUCAAAUUCAUGGAACCUCGUGAAGCAUACGAUAUGAUGUCCCGUCUCUCGGAGCCUCCAUCAGAAGCAUUUUCCAUUUCCACGAAUUAUGAUGACGAUGACUUUGAUAAAGUAUCGGUUGCAUCUUCCUUCACAACCACAGUCCGAGCAUCAUUCUCAGCAUUCCGUAUGGAUUCUUGCGAGCCAACACCAGUCGAUUUGAAAAAAGAGACAGUAUCGGUUCUCCCAAAAGUUCCAACAAAAGAAGAACGAGAUGAUGCGAUGUUCUCAUCAGAAGAAUAUGCCCAGGAUAUUUUCAAUUAUAUGCUCCACCGACAGAAGAAGUAUCGCCCGAACGCCGAUUCGUUGUUGAGACAAAAUCAAGUCAACGAGGAAAUGAGAACGAUUCUUAUCGAUUGGUUCAGUGACGUUGUCAACGAGUACAAUUUGGACAAGGAGACGUUCCAUCUGGCAGUUUUGCUUGUGGAUCGAAUUCUUUCUUUCCUCCAUGUAGAUAAACAUCAAUUCCAGCUUGUUGGAACGACGGCACUGAUGAUUGCAGCAAAAUACGAAGAAAUCUUUCCACCAGAGAUUCAAGACUUCUCCACGAUCACAGACAACACAUAUGGAGUCCGCGAAAUUCUCCAGAUGGAAGCUUUCAUGCUCCCAAGGCUCGACUUUGUCGUCUCCCUUCCAACAGCAUCGUGGUUCGGUGCUUCGUUUGGAAAACGAAUGAAGUUCACACUCAAGAUGAAGAAAACAUUGAGCUAUCUCCUGGAUCUUUCACUCGUUGACAUCGAUUUCCUUAGAUAUCAACCAUCUGAAGUUGCCGCCGCUGCCGCCUGUUUCACAAAUGUUCAACAUGACAAAGAAGCAUGGCCAAAGCACAUGGUUGAUUUCACCGGCAUCACAACGGAAGCAUUCCUUGAUGUGCUCUCUGAGCUGCAUAGAAUGUACAUUUGUUCAUCUACGUCAGACUGCAAGUCCUUAUUCAACAAGUACUGUGAAAUUGAUCAGAAGGAAGUGGCUUUGAUUUCGGCACCAACUGAUAAAUUGAGCAAAAUCUUCCCAACGAUUUUCGGAGCUCCUCCCAAUAAGAAGAAGCCUAUCGAGUAG